UUUGCCAUAUCCAUGGCAUGUAGAAGUUCCCAGGCUGGGAAUGGAACCCAAGCCAGAGCAGUGACAACACCACAUCCUUAACCAUUAGGCCACCAGGGAACUCUGAGGAAAGUUUAAAUAAAAUCAUUUUGGGAAGUUCCCGUUGUGGCUCAGCAGAAACAAAACUGACUAGUAUCCAUGAGGAUGCGGAUUUGAUCCUGGGCCUCGCUCCUUGGCUUAAGGAUCCUAUGUUGCCAUGAGCUAUGGUGUAGAUUGCAGACACAGCUCAGAUCCCACAUUGCUGGGGCAUAGGUCAGCAGCUGUAACUCCAAUUUGACGCCUAGCCAGGGAACUUCCAUAUGCCAUGCAUGCAUGGUGCAGCCCUAAAAAGCAAAAAAAAUUAAAAAAUAAAAAAUCAUUUUGGUCCUUUAAGAUCUGGGGUCCCAGAGAAGACAUUUUCUUUCUGUGUUGUACGUUCUACCUUUAGAAUCUGCUAUGGUUUUCAAAGUCAUUUGUAAGAAAUUAACAUUUUUAAAAGAUGGUUAAAACAUUUUUGAGUAUAAGAUUUUGGAGAGACAAGAAGUCUUUUUUUCCUCUCCCUUCCUUCCUUUCACUUGAGAUGCAUAUUAAUUGCUGUGCCUUCUCCUGGAAGAUGUGAUUACUCAGAGGCAUAGCCAGUUAAAAAACUCUCCUUCCGUCUUUGUUUUUCUGUUUCAAAAAGUUCCGCUUGCAGUAAGUGGUCUGUCUACAGUGUGCUCUGGCUACUCUGCUCCGUGUUUGUGUGCAGAUCGCUUAUCAGUGCUCUUCGUUGUCUCUGGUCUUUAUAUGACUCAGUGUUAGUCACAGUCUGAACAAGGAAUCCCAGGAGAGGUUGUGACUGGCUCCCUUUUUUGGGUGAUGGCUUUUAUUUAAUUUACUAGGUUGUGUAAUGUAGGCAGAUAUUAACAGUUUGAGAAAUCCUAAAGGAAUGUUAAUUCCAAGUAUGACAUUUUUACAAGAAAACAAUUUUGUGCGUUCACUAAAAUGUGAAUUUAGUAAUAAAUUUUAUACCAAGCUCCGUCUGUUUUCUACUCUGUGAGUAAUUUUCUCUGUAUAAUGGGAGACCAUGGGCUGCACUAAAAGAGAAAGAUUAAAAUUAAACAAUAAUGAAAUAAAAAGAACCAUUUGCUGAACAUUUUCUAUAUAUGCGACAUACUGGUUAUUGAGUGCCUCAUUAAAAUCACCCUAGAAACCAUAUGAAUUUGGUGAUGUUUUGCCUAUUGUCAGGUGGGAUGAAUGCUCAGAGAGGUUAGGUGACUUACCAAAAGCCAGACUAGUGGUAGGUAGAGCAAGAAUUUCUGCAGAGGUCUGUCUGGUUCUGAGUGUGAAGCUCACUCAGCCACUCUCAGGCUGCCCUCUGCUUCAGAGGGACAGAAGAUCUCAGUAGAUCUUGGGCAGAAGAAAAGCCGUCUGGUUCUCUUGCUUGCUUUGGUGGUUCAUGUGUUUACUGUCUGUGUCUCCCCUUUUCCCUAGCACCUAGCAUGUGCAUAAUACACACUCAAUAAAUAUUUAUUGAGUGAACAAGUGUGUACAAUUAACCAUGGAAAUUGGAAGUGAACUGGCAUUUUUGUUUGUAGAAUUUCUGUAAGUAUAUGCUCUAUUUGUAAAUAUAGUGAAGUACAUCUUAGACUAAUAUUUAUCAAGUUUAUACAUGGCAUGUAUAGAUGUUUGAGUAAGAAUAAAACAUUUACAAUUCUGUGUGAUUUCUGGAGAUUAUCAACAGCCUGACCUCUCAUUUCCCUUUACCUGACCAGCUUCCCACUGCUGGUCUUAGCCCUCUUUGUUUUACACUGCUGUCAAAUUGCCUUUUCCUUCUUUCUCUCUCUCUUCCAUUGUCCAAGAAAUUGUUAUUUUUACACCUUUUGUUUUUGCACAUUCCUCUCCCUUUGAUUGGAAUUCCUUUCCCCUUCUUUUUGGUUUAACUUUAAAAAAAAAAAAAGGAAAGAAAAAAACAUUCAGGGCUAGGCUAGGCUCAGGUGUCUUGUCUGACUUCUCCAAACCUAGUUAGUGUUCCUGUCAGAGUGCUUGUCAUGCUGACAGCUGUAUAAUUUGGUUCAACUCUGUCUCUUUCUUUGAACAGCCUGUAUUAUAAGCUCCAUGAGGGGAGUAACUUGAGUGUUUUAUCUGUGUCACAGUGCCUGGCACAUGGUAGGCAGAUAGUAAAUAUGGAAGGAAUAAUAAAGAGUGUAGCUUGUCCAGUCUCUUCAUAUAUCCUAGAGCAUCAUUCCAUUCUAGAGAUGGAGCCUGUCUGCUCUAGAAAUGAGGGUGAUGCCCUGCAGUCCUUCCAGCCUGGUGUCCUUUUUUUAAAAUUGUUUUUUGAAAAAAAAAAUUUUUUUUUUUUUGCUUGUUAUUAAGGCAGUAGUUAUUUAAUGUAGAAGAUACAGAUAAACAGAAGGGAGAGAGAGAAAAUAAAAUCAUCCUAUUGCUACCACCAUCCUUCCAUUCUAUUCUCUUCUGUGCAGACAUGUUUAUGUAGGUGCUACAUAAUUGUGUGAUGACAACGGCUUGCAUUUACUGAGCGCUUAUAGAACAGGCACUGUUCUGAGGGCUUUGCCUGCAUCAUCUCAUUUAUUACAGCAACCCUUUGGAAUGAAUACUGUUCUCCCCCCUUUAUAGAUGAGUAGAUAGAGGUAUAGCAAUGUUACAUAUCUCAAGGUCACUCAGCUAGUAAGGGGUAGAGCCAAGACUGAAACCCAGGCAAUUUAGCUCAAGAGCCUUUAUUCUUAACUCUUCUUCCAUUCCCUGUUUCCACCUUCUGGCAACCACUGAUCUUACUUCUGCUCUGAUAUUUUUGCCCUUUCUUGAAUUUCGUAUAAAUAUGUGAUCAUUUAGUAGCCUUUUGUGUUUGUCUUCUUUCGCUUAGCAUAGUUCGUAGAUACUGUUGUCCAUAUUUAGUAGUUGUUUUUUAAUCACUACUAUUUUGUUGUAUAGAUGUACCACAAUUUUAAUUCUGUUCACAAGUUGGGGAACAUUUGGUUUUUUUCUGGUUUUUGGCAGUUAAAAUAAAGCUUCUGUGGAGGUUCAUGUACUGCUCUUUAUGUGGUCAUAUUUUUUUCAUUUCCCUUUGUUUAAAUACUCAGGAAUGGGAUUACUGGGAUGUAUGAUAAAUGUAAGUUUAACUUUAUAAUUUCCGGACUGUUUUCCAAAAUAGUACUAUCACUUUGCAUUCUCCCCAGUUAAUGUCUGAAAGUUGCAGUUGUUCCCCCUCCUCGCCAGCAAAUAUUCUGAUACUAGUCAAAUAAUUCUCCUCGCAUAGUCUUGUUGGGAAAAGAAGUUGCUUAAAUUAAGGAUUUCUGAUAGGUUUUUUCGUUCUCUUCCAUUUACAAAUAUUUAUUGAGCGUCUUACAGUGCAAGGGAGUGGAUGAGAAUGAGUGACUCUACUCAAGGUCCUGGUUGGCCCCUUGAGAGGGGGCCUUGGCAGGUGAUGGUCAUGCACUUGACUCUUAUAUGUUAUCUGUUUCCUACUGGAACAGACUGCUCCACAUAGCAGUAUUUGCUUUUAUGCCUGUACCCUGCAUGCCUUGCUCAGCUUUUCAGAGCUUAAGAUCCUUGUGGGAGGAAGAAUAUGGUGGCACAUCUGGCACCAAUUGUGCUAUUGGCCUUUCACCACCACCUGCUUUAGGUGAAAAUGCCAGUGAGUGUCGUGGUGGCAGCUGUUUUCCAUAAUUAGCUGGGUAGGUUUUUCAAUUCAGUCUGUUAGUAUGGCUGCCCUGACUGCCUGCUCAGUGAUUUGAAUGAUGGGACUGUGACAUCGAAGGAGUAAAAAUCAAAUGGUUGGUGCUGCAGUUGAAGCUCCAGCAGCGCCGGACGCGGGAGGAACUCGUGAGCCAAGGGAUCAUGCCGCCUUUGAAAAGUCCAGCUGCAUUUCAUGAGCAGAGAAGGAGCUUGGAGCGGGCCAGGACAGAGGACUAUCUGAAACGGAAGAUUCGUUCCCGGCCGGAGAGAUCGGAGCUGGUCAGGAUGCACAUUUUGGAAGAGACCUCGGCUGAGCCUUCCCUCCAGGCCAAACAGCUGAAGCUGAAGAGAGCCAGGCUGGCCGAUGACCUCAACGAGAAGAUUGCACAGAGGCCUGGCCCCAUGGAGCUGGUGGAGAAGAAUAUCCUGCCUGUGGAGUCCAGCCUAAAGGAAGCCAUCAUUGUGGGACAGGUAAACUACCCGAAAGUAGCGGACAGCUCUUCCUUUGAUGAGGACAGCAGUGACGCCUUAUCGCCUGAGCAGCCUGCCAGCCAUGAGUCCCAGGGCUCAGUGCCAUCACCCCUGGAAGCCCGAGGCAGCGAGUCCCUGCCCACUGCCACCUCCGUGUCCCCCACUCAGGUUGUGUCUCAACUCCCGGUGGGCCCGGAGUCCGGGGAGACGCUGUUCCUGGCGGAGCAGCCCCCUCUGCCUCCCAGCCUCAGCAGCGGAACUGCCGUCCCCACCAAGCCCCUCCCCACGCUCAUUAAGCAAAGCCAACCCAAGUCUGCCGGUGAGAAGUCACAACGCAGCAAGAAAGCCAAGGAGCUGAAGCCAAAGGUGAAGAAGCUCAAGUACCACCAGUACAUCCCCCCGGACCAAAAGCAGGACAAGGGGGCGCCGCCCAUGGACUCCUCCUAUGCCAAGAUCCUGCAGCAGCAGCAGCUCUUCCUGCAGCUCCAGAUCCUCAACCAGCAGCAGCAGCAGCACUACAACUACCAGACCAUCCUGCCCGCCCCGCCCAAGCCAGCGGGCGAGGCUCUGGGAAAUGGUGGGGCCCCCCCGACACGCAGCCUUUCCACCAGCAGCAGCGCCAGCUCGGGUGCCCCUGGGCCCAGUGGGCUGGUCCGUCAGAACAGCACCUUGCUGGCAGGGAAGCCAGGGACCCUGCCUGCCAACCUGGAUGACAUGAAGGUGGCAGAGCUGAAGCAAGAGCUGAAGUUGCGGUCACUGCCCGUUUCGGGCACCAAGACAGACCUGAUUGAGCGCCUGCGCGCCUACCAGGAGCAUGUCGGCCCUGCCCCUGGAGUGCCCAAGGCCCCCGCCACCGCCUCCAUCCUGCCCAAGGCUGGCGAGGUGGUGGUGGCCUUCCCUGCGGCCCGGCUGAGCACGGGGCCCGCCCUGAUGGCAGCGGGCCUGGCCCCGGCUGAGGUGGUGGUGGCCACGGUGACCAGCAAUGGCGUGGUGAAAUUCGGCAGCACGGGCUCCACGCCCCCCGUGUCUCCUACGCCCUCGGAGCGUUCACUGCUCAGCACAGGCGACGAGAACUCCACGCCUGGGGACACCUUUGGUGAGAUGGUGACAUCGCCGCUGACCCAGCUCACCCUGCAGGCCUCGCCGCUGCAGAUCCUCGUGAAGGAGGAGAGCCCCCGGGCCGGGUCCUGCUGUCUGAGCCCUGGGGCGCGGGCCGAGCUGGAGGGGCGGGACAAGGACCAGAUGCUGCAGGAGAAGGACAAGCAGAUCGAGGAGCUGACACGCAUGCUCCGGCAGAAGCAGCAGCUGGUGGAGUGGCUCCGGCUGCAGCUGGAGCAGGAGAAGCGGGCCCAGCAGCCUGCGCCAGCCCCCACCCCAGCCCCAGCCCCUGCCCCAGACCCUACCCCAACCCCAGACCCAGACCCGGCCCUGGCCACCCCUGGCGCCCCAGUGAAGCAGGAGAACAGCUUUGCCAGUUGCCAGCUGAGCAGGCCGCCCCCAGGCCCCGACCACCCCUUCAGCUCCAGCCUGGCUGCCCCCACUGCCCACCAUGUAGACACUUGUGCCCUGGUGCCCCCGGCCAGGGUGGUGAAGCAGGAAGCUGUGCGGGCACCCGCCCAAGCCACCCUCAGCACCACCGUGAAGCAAGAGAACAGCUUCUCCAGCUGCCAACUGAGCAGGCAGCCCCCGGGCCCUGGUCAGCCCCUCAGUCCCGGCCUGGCGGCCACCACCACCCACCACAUAGACACUUGUGCCCUCAUGCCCCCAGCCAUGGUGGUGAAGCAGGAAGCCGUGCGGGCCCCGGCCCCGGCCUCUCUUGGCACCGCCGUGAAGCAGGAGAACAGCUUCUCCAGCUGCCAACUGAGCAGGCAGCCCCCAGGCCCUGGUCACCCCUUCAGCCCCAGCCUAGCAGCCCCCGCUGCCCACCAUGCAGACACUUGUGCCCUGGUGCCCCCGGCCAGGGUGGUGAAGCAGGAAGCCGUGCCGCCUGAGCCUGAACCAGCCCCUGCCCCCCAGCUGCUUCUGGGCCCACAGGGCCCCAGCCUCAGCAAGGGGGUCACGCCUCCCACGCUCAUCACUGACUCCACAGGGACCCACCUUGUCCUCACCGUGACCAAUAAGAAUGCAGACAGCCCGGGCCUGGCCAGCAGGAGUCCCCAGCAGCCUUCGUCCCAGCCUGGUUCUCCAGCUCCCGGCCCACCAGCCCAGAUGGACCUGGAGCACCCACCACAGCCCCUUUUUGGGACCCCUGCGUCUCUGCCAAAGAAGGAGCCCCCGGGCUAUGAGGAAGCCGUGAGCCAGCAGCCCAGACAGCAGGAAAAUGCUUCCUCGAGCCAGCAGAUGGAUGACCUGUUUGACAUCCUGAUUCAGAGCGGAGAGAUUUCAGCAGAUUUCAAGGAACCAGGGAAGGAGAAGUCCCCCUCGACGACAGGAGCCUGCAGGUCACCCCUGGCCGCACAGCCCUCGCCCUCCGCCGAGCUCCCUCAGGCCGCCCCACCUCCCUCGGGCUCACCGGCCCUCCCUGGGCGCCUGGAGGACUUCCUGGAGAGCAGCACAGGGCUGCCCCUGCUGACGGGCGGGCACGAGGGGCCAGAGCCCCUCUCCCUCAUCGACGACCUCCACAGCCAGAUGCUGAGCAGCUCUGCCAUCCUGGACCACCCCCCCUCCCCCAUGGACACCUCGGAAUUGCACUUUGCACCUGAGCCCAGCAGCGUGGGCCUGGACCUGGCCGACGGCCACCUGGACGGCAUGGACUGGCUGGAGCUGUCGUCAGGCGGGCCCGUGCUCAGCCUGGCCCCGCUCAGCACCACGGCCCCCAGCCUCUUCUCCACGGACUUCCUCGAUGGCCAUGACCUACAGCUGCACUGGGACUCCUGCUUGUAGCUCUGGGGCCCCCCGCAGAGCCCAUCCAGGGGCUGGGGAGGAGCUGGAAAGCUGGAGAACUCGGCAACUCCAGGGAGCACGGAGCGCGGUGCUGUCCUGCCCGAUCCAGCCUGUCCACGUGGUUGUGAGUCCUGACAAUCACAGGCCCAGCCGUCCCCUCCAUGGGGGCUGGAGCAGGCGCCCCUCUACCUGGCUCUUGCUCACCAAGAAGAAAAGCUGCCAAAAGCAGCUCUGGGUCCCACCCCAGGGUUGUGGAGACCUGGGUGGGCCAGGGGCUUCUAUCUGACCUCCUUCUGUGAAGUUGGGGUGCACUUGCUGGCUGCCGUUUGCUCAGGAGGCAAGGGGACAUCGCCGCCUCCUCCCCCUUCCCAGAGGGAAGGAACUGGUUGGGCCAGCACCGCUGUCCCAGGCUUCCGGGGUGGGGGGAUGGGGGGGUCCCCCUGCCUUUUAGUGUCUUGGUGUAGUUAGUGUAACCAUUUAGUGGUUGGUGGCAAAUGUUUUCUGUACAGGUGUAUAUACCUCUAUUAUAUAUAUCGCCAUAUACACAUAUAUAGACGGGGUUCUCCCGGCCUACUCUGCGCGCGCGCGCGCACACACACACACGCAGAAGGGCCUGGAACCCCCACUCCCGGGGCUGGACACAGCCCACCCCAGCCCCACCCAUCACAUGUGUUUGCGUGUAGACACCUCGCCACAGCCUGUGCCCCACCUGUCCUGCUUCCUGCUCCCUAUCAGUGCCACGAGGGCAGAGGUGCUUCCUGGCCACCUGCCCACAUUCCGUCCCGCUGCCUCACUGCAGCCACCAUGGCCCCAGGACAGCAGUGGGGCCAGAGGUGGCCCUCAAGCUAUGGCCUCCUCCUGCCCUGGGGCCCGGCCUCCCUCUGGCCUGUCACUGACAUUCACAGGGGAUUAGGGUGGAAUCACCAAAACCAGUGCCAGGACAGAGGUGGGGACGCUGUGUGAACUUUUUAAAAUAAAAACAAAACAACACCC